CGUGAUACUGUUAAGAUAUAACAGCAAAAACAAACAGUAAUUACGAUUACGAAGAGAUUAAAACGUAUUAAGGAAUUAAAGAUAAAAAACGAAGCUUAAACAUAGCAUUAACAUAAAUAUUUAAGAGAGUGUGAAGUUUUCAUACAAAUCAUUAAUAACUAAACACAAUAAAGAAAAAUAAAACAUCACUACUAUCAGUCAGCAUCAUAUUGUAAUAAAGCGUAUUGUUUGGGGGUUAAGAAAAAAAGCAUAAAUGAUGUUGAAAUGAAAUUAAUUUAAAUAUGAUUAUGAUUGUAUGAAAUAUUAAGAAAAACAGAGAGGGGAGCAAAAUGAAUUGGUGACAUAAAUGACAAGAAAACAAAUACAGAAAAUCGUUUAUGAUAAUGAAGUGUAAAAUUUAAAGUUGUGAUAAGAUACAUGUAUGUUUUGUUGUUUUUGUUGUUGUUUUCUUUUUCCCUAAAGAUAAAUUAAUUAAUUGACAUUAUUAAUGCGAAAAGAGAGAGUAAUUGAAAAAGUAAAGAAAAAGGGGGGACAAAUAAGUUCUUAAAGUGAUAAAAUUCCAGAAAAGAUUUUGGAAAUUUCCAAAGUUAACAUGAUUUGUGUCAAGUUUAAGUAAAAAAAAAUUAAACUGAUAAUUUAAACAAAAUUUUAUAACUUACAAAAUCAAGUGCAACAGAGUUUACACAAGCAAAAGCAACAGCAACAACAAAAUAUAUAAUAAAUACAAAAAAAAUCAAAAUAUUUCAUAUAAAGAGCAGCCAAUUUCAUAUGGCAACUCUUUAACGAUAACAACAAAAAAAACCACCAAAGAGAAAUUCUAUUAUCAAUGUUAAAAAUCAAAGUAAAUCAUAGACACAAAUAAAAACAACUACAACAACAAAAUAACAACGUAAUCAAAACAAAUGUCAAACAUUUUUAAUUAAUACAUAGUCAACACACACACAUACAUAUAAACAAAAUAAACCAAACAAAAAGAGCAACAUCAAAAACGUUAGAAAUAUAAACAAAAAAACCACUGUUAAACCAGUCUACAGAGUCUUCAGUCUGCCUCUCUUUCCCAUAAAUGUCAAGACUUUAUUGUUGCAAAAAUUAACAUAAACAAAUAUGUUUCUGAUGUUUAAAAUCAAAUAAAAUUAAAUAUUUCUAUAAAUAAAAUAACAUUUUUUUUAAAAAAACCCGAAUUUCCAACAAAAUGUUUUCAAUAAUUAAAACUCUUAUUAUUGCCGUGACAUUAUUUAACCGUGUCGUCAAGUGUCAAAUGAAUGUUGAGGCGGUAACGGAAACCAUCACACCCACAAAUUUAAAACCCUUAAGUAAUGAUGGGGCUAUUGAUGUUGCAAAUGAUUUAACAAUUAAUCAAAUUCUUACAAAUCUAUCGAUAUUUAAUGAAGAAUCAAACGAAUAUGACACGAGCAUCGUUUCAAUGCUAGAGAAUGUAACACAUUCAUGUCUACAAAGAUGUAUGGAGGAGGAAACUUCGUUUUUAAAUGAUUUUGGUCUUAAAUGCAAAGUGGGUGAAAAUCGACCAGAAUGUUAUCGAGCAAGGUGUUUUAAGGGUUGUGAACUGUGGUGGCAUGCCUUAAAAGAAUUUGAACCUUGCCAGGAAGCAUGUUCCUCAACACAAUUUUAUCCUUUUGAUUUACCGUGUAUUUCCGCUUGUGAGACCACCCAAAGGCAGUAUUGGCAUUUGCAACGUUUACAUGUUGAACGUUUAUUAACAACAGCAACUAUGUCCACAACAAAGUCAAAGGCGAUGUCUGCAACAACAACAACAACUACUACCACCACUUCACUUCAACCGCAGCUGUUGCAUGAUAAUGAAACUUUGAAUACAUUGACACUUAAAUGGCCCAUAACUACAGCAACGACAUCACUUUUGCCGGCACUAUAUAUGGCCAGCAGACCAUUUAAUAUACAAUACCAAUAUGUGUUAAGUGCUAAAACAACAACAAUAACAUCAAGGCCAGCGGCAGCCUCGGUAACAGUCAUCACAACAUCAUCAUCACCGGCUUUAGCUAACAAUGACGAUUUUGAAAAUGAUGCUGUUGUUGAGCAAAAUGGAGAAGAAGUUGCAAAACGUAGCCAACAAGAGCCAGAAGAACAAUGGUGGAAUUUAGCAGACUAUAAUUGUAAUGAGAAUUUUGAAUGUGACAUAAUGGAUGGUUUAAUGCCGUAUACAUCAUAUAAGUUUCGUUUCGAGUUACCAUUUGGCGACAAUUUAUAUGAUGUCCUGUACUCAUCAGCUUCUGAAAUCUAUACCACACCCGCCCUAGGUCGGCCCAUAUCAAAGCCGAUUAUUACACAGACAUUAGCUUUAGAUGAAACACAUAUUGUUGUCUUUUGGCAGCCGGGAAAAUUUACAAAUGGUCCUUUAACCAACUAUAAGGUGAUGUUAAAGGCCACCGAGAGCAAUGAACAAUUUGAAAAUAAGCAUAAACAACUAUUACCUCCCACGGCAAGCUAUCACAUCUUCUCCAAACUUUUACCUUUUACCUCAUACACUCUCCAUUUAAGUAUGAUUAAUGCUGAAGGUGAGGGUCCCUGGUCGGAGGUUAAUGUUACCACAAAAGCUUUAAAAGCUCCUCAAAUAAAUUGGGAUUUAAAUACUUUACUCAUAGCGGGAGAAUAUAGUAUAGUGAUGAAAUCGUUGGAUCUGGUAGAAAGUAGGGUCUUGUAUAAAAGUGAGGAGAUUCUAACCGAUUUUGAUGUUCAUCAAUAUACCAAACGUUUAUUUGUUAUAAAUAAAAAGGGAGUGGUUGUAAGUUUGUUUAUAGAUGAUUCAGCCAAUUAUACGUUAUUGAAUUUACUGGAAGAAGAAUCAGGUUUUGUACCCUCUAAGCUGGCAGUGGAUUGGUUAAAUCAAAAGCUUUAUGUGGCAGGAGGGACUUCUAUUGCUAAUAGUUGGAUAUUGAAACGUUUAGAUUUUAAUGGUUCCAAUGUUGAAUUGCUGGUGCCCUCUUUAAAGCCUUUAAAGCAUUUACAUAUAGAUCCCUUAAAUGGCUGGAUAUUUGCCUCAACUGAAAGCUUUCAAUUAAGCCGCAUUAAUCUUAAAACAUUUAAGGUUUCUCAAUAUAUAUUACCCUUUGAACUAGAGCACUUUUCCAAUCAAUAUCAUUCAUAUCUAUUAAAUGCUUAUAAUGCCAAAGAACGUUCUAUAUAUGAGCUUUCUUAUGAUAGUAAAUUCAAGGAGCAGAAGUCAUGGAAUGUUAGUUCAAAUUUCCAAGGAGAUAUUUUGUGGUUUGACACUUUCGAAAAUUGGCUUAUCAUGACCAAUGGUUCGCAUUUAUUGAGACAGCAUAUGGAGGGUCAACAAGAAGUGGAUAUAUUGGGUUUUAAGGAGAUAGAAUGGUGUUGGAAGUUAAUGCCUUUGAUGUCAACGAGUCUAAAGAACUAUAUACAGCCCUUACCCAAACCCUUAAAAGAACCGGAAAACGUACAGGCUGUGUUAUCACCCAACAAGGCUAAAAUUUCCUGGCUGUCUCCUCAGCGAUUGAAAAAAUUUCAAUCAAAGGCCUCUUGGCAAAAUUGGGAAUAUGAAUUGGAUAUAUUGGAUGUCUCGAGUAAUAAUGCUUUCAAUAUACGCAGUAUUAAGUCCACCCAUUUCCAGGUGGAACGUUUACAAGCCAAUAAUUUAUACAAAAUCAAAGUGAGAGCUUUAUUAAAUGCCCCCAAUCGACAAGGUUUGAGUGCUACAACCAGUGAAUGGUCGCAGGAGUUAUUGACCCGCACCUGGCCUAUGGGUGAUCAUCAUUUUUUAUGGGCUAGUGAUAGAGGUCUAUGGCAGACUGAAGUGUUAUUACAACCAGCCGAGCUUAAAGCUUUGGCUUAUAAAAAUAUCGAAAGUUUUAAACAAAUCAAUAGUUCGGUGUAUUAUAUAGAUAAAACGAGCCAUCAGUUGGGCUGUUUUAAUCUCAUGAAUACGGAGAUAUCUUGUGGUUUUCAACAACCCAAUGUCUAUAGUGUGGACUAUGAUUGGCGUGCGGAAAAGUUGUACUGGUCUGAUGUCAGCAAGAAUUGUAUAGUAAGAUCGAAUUUAAACGGUGAAUACAAAGAACUUUUACCUAUUUUUGGAGCUCGACUUAUCAAAUUGGAUGUGGCGAAGGGCUAUAUAUAUUACACGACCGAUACACGUUUGCUAAGACGAAAACUUAAUGGCUUAAUGGUGUCACAAGAAAUGGAAUAUUAUCAUAACAAUGGUAAUGGUGAGUCUAUACAAGGAUUUGCCUUGGAUUUUGUGCAACAAAAGAUUUAUUGGUGGGUUCAACAUCAGGAGGGUAAAACGAGGCUGUUUUCAUCUUCUUUGGAUUUUGUUAAAUCUGAUGAUUUAUUUGAUCUGCCGGAAAAUUAUAAAAUUUUGCAAGAUUCUUUUAAUUUUCUUCAAGAAAUCGAUUGUUUUAUUUGGUUAAAGGCAAUGGAAAGAGAAGUGGUGGUAAUGUGGGGCGGCCAGGAUUAUUUCACGCAACCUAUGACUCUAGCUAUUCCCCUAAAGCAUAAAGCUAAUUUUGUGACCUUAAGACAAGAUUUCAGCAAUGUGCAUGAUCCAAACAUUAUACCCGAAGCCAUAGAUCGUGAUAGUGUUUAUAUAACCGAAGGCUAUUGGGAUGAUUUCAACAUCAAAUGGUCUGCGGUGAAUACUAAUGACAAUAUUACAAUUUUCUACAAAGUUCUAAUUUCGACUUGGCCUUUGGAACCGCAAUUUAUACUAACAUUUGAAGUGGCCCAAACUGUGGUGCGUAUAACGGAAUUUAAAAUGGCUGGUUUGGCAAUAAAUGUCACCAUUACUCCCGUUUCCUUGUGGGCUCAAGGUCCUGCUACUACUGUUCUACUUAAAACUCCCUCUGCAGCUCCUAAGCAACCGAAAAACUUGAGAGUUUUUGUAGAGCAGAUCAUGGAACCUUUGCAGAAACAGAGUAACAUUACCGCUUUGGUACGAUGGGAUUCACCCGAUAAUAUUUCCUGAAAAGAGGUAUUCUAUAAAGUCUAUUGCUAUCUCAAAGAGGAUCUACACAGUGUCAAGGAUAUUGAGGAUAUGGGUUUGAAAAGUCAUGAGGUUAGAUUUUAUAAUUUACUUAAAGAGGAAUCCUAUAUGUUCCAGGUUCAAGCUUUUUCCCUAACACGUUCUAAGGGUGGUGAGAAAACAUCCCUGCUUACUCACUUUAUAAAUCCUGAUUCUCAAGCCAUUCCAAAAUUAUUAUUUACAACUUCCGAGUAUAUAGCAGAAUUAGAUUUGGAUUUGAAUGUAACGAAAAAAUGGGUUUAUACCUCUAGCGAGGUAGAACAUUUAUCUAUGAUUAGCGGAGAACAACGAUUGAUAUGGGUCAAUGAAAAUGUAGAGUUAAUGACCUAUCAGCCGGGUGCGGCUUCAUUGAAAUUGGCACGCAUGAGAGCUGAAGUUUUGGGCUUAACAGUGGACUGGAUAUUGCGCAAGGUCUACUGGGCGGAGCUGUCGGGAGAAAAGGAGAAUUUGGUGGGUAUUUAUGAACUGGAUUUGAAUCAAUAUGAGGGCAAAGUAAUGCUCGGUUCGAAAAUCUUCUCCUUAAGUCCGGGAAAACUUUUAAAGAACCUUAUAGUCUUACCCUAUUCCCGUUCUUUGUUGUGGUUGGAAUAUGAGCUGGACAAUAGAAACAACUGUACACUACAAGGUAGAAAUCUAUCUGAUUUUUCUCAGCUUAAAUUCAAAAAUCAUUUCUUCUACCAUCAAAUGUUUGAGGGUUCCCUAAUGCCGGAUAUAGAAUCGGUAAAUCUGAUCGAUUCUAAGGGAAAACUUUAUGCUUAUGAAUUGCAAAGACAUCUUAGCACCUCUUUAAAGAUACCGCUAGAGGAAAUUGAGAUUAAUGCCAACUUUCAAAGAGAUUCAGGUUAUUUUUACUCUCUCUACAAUCAUACACUCAAGGCCUUUAAUAGACGUAAACAUAAUUUGGAAUUUACACAAGCACUCAAGGAAAUAAAACUUAUUAAAGCUUUCAACUAUCAAGAAUAUCCCAAAAGAGAAUGUUUAAUAAUGGAGUAUAAUGCGUUGAAUGGAGAGUUUAGUUCCCUAGAGCAAUUGUUUGUACAAGAAGUCUCGGAGGAGUUUAUGGUUUUACAGCUCAUGAAAAAGAAUCCCUUUGAGAACUGUAAACUACCCAUACCGGGUUUAAGUUAUCAUAUUCUGCUUAAUGGGCCCCAAGACUUUGUAAAAGAAUACCAACUGAAACCGGGUCCUCUCAACAUAACCGAACUAAGGCCUUUUACCAACUACACCCUGAGAAUAAACGCCUCUUCUUACUAUCAACAAAAGUUUUUGAUUGAGGAAAUGCAAUAUCCUGAAUUCGUUAUCAGAACCCAAGAAGGUAAUCCCUGGCAACCAAUGAAUUUUACAGCUUCACCCUUAAGUCCCUCCGAAAUAGCGGUGGCUUGGUUAGAACCCCAACAACUUAAUGCUGAUUCGGUAGCUUAUCAACUCUACUGGCAGGCUUUAAAUUCAUCCUUGACCUCACACAAAAGAGUGGAUGAUUUUGAAAUGAUUUUAAUGAACUUGGAACCUGCUCAGGAGUAUCAUAUAUGGCUGGAAGUCUAUUCGAAACCUUCUAAAUUUAACACCACCGAAAAAUUACUUGUGAAAACCUUUCCCGAACCAGAACCUUUGCAGUUAAUAGAAAAAGAAGCCUAUAAUUUAACCCUACAAUGGCAAGCUAAUACGGACUAUGAUUCGGUAAUUUUGGAAUGUACUCCUCUAACACAAGAUCCCGAAGAUUUUCCCUUUAGCAUCGACAUAACGGGUGUAACGGAUAACAUUACUGUUACAAAUCUGGAACCUAAAACAAAAUAUGAAUUUUAUCUCAAACUUCAAUUUGCCUCAGUGGAAAGGAUAUACAUAUGGCCUGAAGUGCCCAGUUCCCAUUAUAUCUACGAGACUUUGGGCGAUGCUCCCGGCAGACCAGGACAACCUCAAAUAGAGCAUAUAACUGGAGAAAUAUUCAAAGUAUUUUGGGAUCCAGCCAAAAAUAAUGGAGCCACCAUAACAGAAUACAAUCUCGAGGCAUUACAGGCUAGACAACAUAAAAGAAUAAGACGCAAUAUUGUAAUACCAACAGCCAAUGCCUCUAACACUUCAUCAAUAACCCGUUUAGCUCAAAUGCCUUGGGUAGAGGAAUUACAACCUCUGGAAGAUAAAUGGCUGUCGUAUUGCAAUACCACCGAACUAAGUUGCAUAGUACGUGAGUUGCACACUAUGCGUUUCUUAAUGUUUCGUGUGCGUGCGCGUAAUGAACCCUAUGGCUGGGGGCCUUACAGUGAGGAUAGUGAACGUGUAUUGGAACCAUUUGUCUCACCACAAAAACGUAACUCAUUAGUGUUGGCCAUUAUAGCGCCGGCAGCCAUAGUAACCACCUGUGUUAUCAUACUAAUUGUCAUACGUAAAGUACAAAAACGUCGCCUGAAAGCCAAACAAUUAUUGGCUAAAAGUCGUCCUAGUAUUUGGAGUAAUUUGUCUACAAUGCAACAACAAUUGGCAGCACGUAAUAGAGCAUUUUCUAUGACCAGCGCUUCGACCAUGUAUACAGGUGGUCCUUUGAGUGAUGCUGAUAUUGCUCUAUUGCCUCAUAUUAAUUGGAGUCAAAUUACUUUGUUGAAUUUUUUGGGCAGUGGAGCAUUUGGUGAAGUAUACGAGGGUAUGCUGAAGCAUGAGGAUGAAGAGGAAAUGGAAAAGGUGGCCAUAAAGAGUCUUCGCAAGGGAGCCAGUGAAUUUGCUGAACUUUUACAGGAAGCUCAACUGAUGAGCAAUUUUAAACAUGAGAACAUAGUGCGUCUAAUAGGAGUCUGCUGUGAUACUGAAUCGAUUUCCAUCAUCAUGGAGCAUAUGGAAGGAGGAGAUCUCCUCAGUUACCUAAGAGAGUCAAGACCCAAUUCAACGAAACCAGUAGCCUCCUUACAACUCUUAGACCUAAUGUCCAUGUGCAUAGAUGUAGCCACCGGUAUGGCCUAUUUAGAGGAUAUGCAUUUUGUACAUCGUGACUUGGCUUGUCGUAAUUGUCUGGUAUCGUCACGUAUACCCAGUAAGAGAACCGUGAAAAUUGGGGACUUUGGUUUAGCUAGAGAUAUUUAUAAAAAUGAUUACUAUCGCAAGGAGGGAGAGGCUUUAAUGCCGGUACGUUGGAUGGCUCCGGAAAGUUUAGUCGAUGGUGUUUUUACAACACAAUCAGAUGUCUGGGCUUUUGGUGUUUUAUGCUGGGAGAUAUUGACUUUGGGGCAACAGCCUUAUGCUGCAAGAAACAAUUUUGAAGUAUUGAAUUUUGUCAAAGAGGGAGGCAGACUAGAACAGCCGGAUAAUUGUCCAGAUAAAUUAUUCUCCUUAAUGUCUGCAUGUUGGCAAACUGAUCCCGAAGAACGUCCUACUUUCCGCAAAUGUUUCAACUCUUUGCUGGCCAUUAAAACCGAUGUACGACGUGUUAGUUUGGGUUACAAUAUCGAUGACAGUGAUUAUGCCAUGUAUGCCAAUCAACAUGGCAUAGUCUUAAGUAGUUUCUUAGCCUCUCCGCCCCUUAAUAAGGUCAAAGAAGAGGAGGAGCUGGAGGAACCGCUUAAGGAUGAUGUGGAAAAUGUUAAACUAAAUCACAAAUAUGAAAUGAGACAAAAUUCUUUAAAUAGUCAAAAUGAAGAGGAAUCUAUUUUGUCUAAUAAUCAUGUACAGAACAAAACCCUUGAGUCCAUAACCGAGAAAAACGAUUUGAAAGUACGUUUUAAUAACAACAUUUCGAUGAGAGAUGCCGGAGAGCCGGAGUCUCUGAAUGAUGAGUCACAUUUGAUAGACACUAAGUUAUAUAGAAUACAAGAAAAUCCUGAUUAUUAUGUUAAUGAGGGAGUAUCCCGUUUAUAGACGGGUUAACAGGGAUCAAAUCUAAAAGCCAAAUAAUCAUUGAAAUCAUUUAGUUGUAAGUAAUUUAAGCAUCGAAUUUACGAUUUUUUUCUUUUUAAGAGACUGUUUUUUAAGAAAGAUUUUAAAAUUGUUUUUUGUUGUAAGUGUAAAAAAGAUUAUUUAUAUAAAAAAGUUGUAAGAAA